AUUUUCACCCGAAUUGGAUCUCCAUACCCCCACUUAAUUUUUGCUGGACUCGAGUUGCGAAACGGAAUCCAGACACGGAAAAGUGAAGAUCGAAGGACGACACAACGCAAUCGCGAACGGAAAUAAAUCUCGAUUCAAGUCAACAUGCCGGCUGCUGUUGAGGGUACCGCAGCCAAAACUGCGGGCAAGCGGAAGCGCCAGGAGAAUGGGGAUUCGACCAAAAAGAGGAGGAAAUCUGGCGACGGCGACGGCGACGACCUCCAAACCACGAUCGAGAAGCUCGAAACCGAAAUACAAGAGUCAAAGAAGCAUUACAACAACAUUGCGACCCUUAUUGAACUCGCGCAGAAAGGCAGCCAAGACUCGAAAGCUGCCCUGAGUGCCUCUGAGGCAUUGUGUCGCAUCUUCAUCCGGCUUCUGGCCGCGGGCAACCUCGUUAAGCGGAAGGAUGUGUCGGAAAAAGAUGCCACCGUAACUGGUUGGCUGCGGGAUCGCCUGGCCGACUAUAGGGGCGCCCUUUUGGCCAUGUUCCGGAGCAAGAAGCUGGCAUCAAACGCCCUGAUGCUGGCCAUGGCGCUUUUGAAAGCGGAAGCCCAACAUCUCGGCGACCGGAUGGAACCAGUGUUUCCCCGGUAUUUCUUCUCGGAUAUUGUCGCCAGCCUCCUCGAAUCUCCUGUUGAGCAGCUGCUGGAGGAAUUCUCGGAGAAGUUCGUUGAUGAAUACCACGAUAUCCGCUUCUACACCUUCGAGGCCAUCAAGACGUACCUCACAGAGAGAGAGCACGGCGUCGACGAAGAUCUCCGGAACACCGUGUUCGAAAUGCUGAUCAGCAUGGAGGAUGUGCCCGAGUCGAACGACGAUUUGGAGGAGUUCUACAUUGAGCCGCCCCAAAAGAAGAAGCACCCGUUGCGCUCUUUGUCGCAACACAAGAAACAGGCUCAAGAGGCAUGGUUGGCGCUCAUGCACCUUGGCCUGAGCAAAGAGCAAAGGAAGAAGGUCCUAGAAGCCAUGGCCACGUCAAUCGCCCCGUGGUUCACUCAACCCGAGCUGCUCAUGGAUUUCCUGACCGAUUGCUACAACUCUGGCGGCUCCAUCUCACUCCUCGCUCUGUCAGGUGUCUUUUACCUGAUACAGGAGCGCAAUCUCGACUACCCGGAGUUCUUCACCAAGCUCUACUCGUUACUCGACGCCGAUAUCCUCCACUCCAAGCACCGCUCGCGCUUCUUACGCUUGCUUGACACCUUCCUCGGGUCCUCCCAUCUACCCGCAGUGAUGGUGGCCAGUUUCAUCAAGCGGUUAGCUCGUCUCGCGCUAAAUGCGCCACCGAGUGCUAUUGUGAUUAUCGUGCCAUGGUUCUAUAACCUCUUCAAGAAGCACCCUCUCACUACCUUCAUGAUGCACCGUGUACCUCGGAGCAAGGAAGAGAAGGAUCUGCUGGAGACUGAAGGCUUGGAUGACCCCUUUCUACCGGAGGAGAAAGACCCGAUGGAGACACGCGCCAUCGACAGCUGUCUGUGGGAGAUCGUCCAGUUGCAAUCUCACUACCACCCCAACGUUGCUACAAUCGCCAAAAUCAUAUCGGAGCAAUUCACCAAGCAGGCGUAUAGUCUCGAAGACUUCUUGGACCACUCUUAUGGCAGUCUCCUCGAGGCUGAAAUAAGCAAGGAAGUCAAGAAGCCACCGGUCGUCGAGUACAUGAUCCCAAAGAGAAUCUUCACCAAAGCUGAUGAGGCUGCAGCGGAGCCGGACAGCUUGCUCGUCGGCCUGUGGGAUUUUGGCUCGUCAUAGGACUUUUUCCAUCUUCUCUAUCAGGUCUCGUCGGAUGAAGCCAAGGAGUCUCCUCAUGCUUCUCUCCGGCACCUCGUAAUUUCAUGCAACCCUCGAAGGCACAUCGUUGAGCACGUGCUGCCGUUGCACAACAUGUCUCG